UACUAAUAAAAUUCAAUGAAUUGCCAAUAUUGCCAUACAAAACAUCGUAAAUUCUAUUGUACUGAUUGCAUUAAAGAAAAGUGAGUAAUGGCUUCGUUAAUUACAAGGAAUUACUUGCUCAACUAUGCAAAAAACAAAUAUAUGUACAUAGAUUAGAUACACAUGAGCAGGAAUUCAGCACAUGCACUCAAGAAAAGAAUGAAGUAGUUGCUGAAGCCGACGAGUUUAUUCAAAAGGCAACCUUAAUACAAAACCUCAUUGCUGAAAAGAACAAGCGGUUACAACACAUUGAAGCUAUGCGACAAACCCAAAAGGGCUUAUUGACUGCCUGCAUUACCAAGUCAGCACGCAUACAGCAAUUAAAGAAUCAGAUCAAAGAUAAACGAAAACUUCUGGAAGAAAGUCUAAAACGAAAAUCACGCUUUGAUAAUUAUCACCCUGAUAAUCAAGCCUUGGAAAAGGCUUGGCUACGCACGCAUAAAAUUACUGUUGGCACUCGACGUAUUCUAGUCAAGGAAACCACCUCUUUAUUUGAGUUAAAACCAGGUCUUAUUGAAGAACCUGAAACACCCGUGAUUCAACAUCCCGAAUUACCUGCGUCUGGUGAAUCAUUCAUACCCGUCGAACAAGACCUGUAUAUCUGUGGUGUGACGCUUUCUUCCAGACUUAUUGAUGUAUCCAAGGUGCCAAAAGAAGAGCUCAAUGCUCCCAUAGGUCUAGUGAUCCAUAUGUUGAGUUUAAUUGUCCGAUAUCUGGGAAUCAAAUUACCAUUUGAAAUCAUCCGCAGAGGCAUUCGUCCUUACAUUAGAGCACUCAACAAGCAACACGUUCGUAAAUUUCCCUUGUUUCUGGAGGAUGAUGAGAAAAACUUUAAAAAGUUUGUUCACGGGAUGGCCAUGUUGAACUAUGAUAUAGCGUACGUGUGCCACACACAAGGCAUCCAAGUACCCAUCUGUCAAGUGGCCAACACCUUACAGAGUUUGAUAUCUAUCAGUCGUGCACCUCGUUUAGGAAUGUAAGUAAAUUUAAGCUAGUCUGAAUGGCAUUGCCAUUAUCUGACUUUUUUGCAUCAUAUGUAUCAGAAAAUCGCAUGCGACAUACUAUGACCAUAUUCGUGACUUGGAAUGUCCUCUUUUGUAUGAUCAAGUAUUACGAGCGACAACAUUG